AUGAAUUCCAUGUUCUUCGUUAUUAUCACGAUCGCUCUUAUUAUUCUACAACCUCAAUCUAUUACUUCCUUAUACGAUAAACAAACCGGGCCUGAAAUAAUCAAUAAAGCGUGCAGCCGAUCCCCUAAUAAGAACUUAUGCCUCUCUGUUUUCAAAAAGAGCAACGAAAGCACGAUCAUGGAUCUCCAAGCUCUAGCAUUCUUUGCACUACAAGAAGUGUCGGCAAAUGCCUCGGCGACAACAUUGCGAAUCAAGACGUUUAUGGACGACAAGACAAUCGAGACCCCCCUCUUCGAUAGCCUCGACAUGUGUUCGAAGACCUAUAUUGACGCGGUUGAGCAGCUCAAAGACACUGUGAAUGCUAUUGUCUCGACUGCUUAUCAUGAUGCACUAACAUGGAUGAAUGCAGUGAUUGAUGAUAUAAAAACGUGUGAUGAUGCGGUCAAGGGGAAACCGGGGAAAGGGGAAGAAAUUUCAAAAAGGAACCAUGUUGUUACCCUUCUUUGUAGGAAUGCUUUGAGUGUGGUUGAGGUUUUGCUUGAGAAAUGA